UAAUCAUACAGCAGUAACAAAUAAGUACACACAAUAUAAAAUAAUUCCUCCAUCCAAAAAGAUUGAAUCCUGACUCUUAAGGGUUGUAAGUUGCAGUUUUGAAGAUUGCAAGUUGUAACCUAAUUUCAAUUUCAACCUAGAUAAAAAUGUCUUUCGAGCGACGGACGAAUCUCCCUAGUGGGAGUCUAUCUACCCAGAGUCUGAGCCUCCUCGCACCGGCAGAGUUCGAACUCUCUGCGGCAGUUCAAAUACCAGUGAAAUGCGGCUAUCAAGGAUGAUUCAACCGUAGGGAAGUAUCAAUGGAGCUCCCUGCAGCGUCACUUGACUCACGCGCCUCGAGACCAGCGACCUACCACAGUGCUUGGAUUUCACCGACUCGGAUAUGCUUCAGCAGGACGCUAGCGACAAUCUGUAUUUAAUUACAACUUUUUAAGAAAGGAGAUAUAGCUGGCAUGACCGAUCACGGGGCUUUCUACUGUAGCAUCCACAGACCACAGAUGGCACAUGUUGCAAAAGGCACAAGAAGGAAAUGGACUGCCCAAGAAGAUCAAACUCUUGUUAAUUGUAUGGUCGAAUUGCAUACCCAUGGCACACAUAAUGGAAAAAAAGGAGGCUUUGAAGCAGGUUAUUUAAGUGAGCUAGCAAAAAUGAUGUCACAGAAGUUGCCUCAUUCUCACUUGGAAGCUAAACCACACAUUGAAUCUCGUAUAAGAACAUUGAAACAAGUUUGGCAAGAGUAUUAUGACUUGUUAAAUGGCCGCACUGCCUCACUAAGUGGAUUUGGAUGGGAUCCUAUAUCCAAAAUGAUCACUGCCUCUAAUGAAGUGUGGGAAGCUAUUGCUGAGAGUAAAUCUAAAGUUGGAGCUUUAAGACGAAAAAGUUUGUGGUACUAUGAACAAUUUUGUGCUAUUUAUUCUGUGGACCGCGCUACUGGAGCAACUGGGAUGGAAUGUGAAGACAUGGUUCAAGAAAGUGAAUUUGAUCCAGCUUUUGAAUCACAACACAUGCAAGACGUAAAUGAUUCCUCCGUUUCUGGUGUUGCAAAUAAAAAAACAUCAAAGAGACCUGCAACAAGUGACAAUGACACUCCACAGAGUAGUCUUAACUCUUCUACCUCCAAUAGUCGUGGCAAGAAGAAGGGUAAAAGUAGUUCAAGCAUUCACAGUUUCUCAACUUAUGUAGAGGCGGCUUCUAUUCGACUUGAAAAGGCGGGAUUGGAAAUGUCAAGGGUGGAUACAGAUAUAGAAGAUAAGACAUCACGUCUCCCAAUUGCUUUAGGCGCUCUCAAAGGCAUGACUUUACCUAUGAAAUUUAAGAUCAUGAAGAAAAUGGGAAAAAACCAAAGUGAGUUGUUGUACUUCUAUGGUUUGCCAGAUGAGGAAAAGAUGGAUUGGUGCAAGUGGUAUUUAGAAGAUGAAUCAUGAUUUAUUGCAUCGAUGGAUGAAACAUGGCGUUUUUUAUAUUUAUGUUCUUAGAGUGACUAUCCUUAUGAUACACUGUUAUCAAUUUCUAUUUUGCAUUUGAACCAUAGUAGCAGUUCAUUACGCCUGUUACCAUUUGAGCGUGUUUAUUGUCACUUUAUUAUUUUGUUAUGAUUUCGAACAAGGGUAGUGUUUUUUGAGUUUGACAAUAUUGUUAUGCAAGCACUAGCUGUAUGUAAUUUUCCCAUCAAGGACUUAGCUUUAUACAAGACAGAUUCUGUUUGGAGGCCAACUGUGUGUAUGAUGACAGUUGAAUAAUCA